GCACAGCAAAGCCAAGAUGUCUGCGCCCAUGAAGUGGGCGGCUGAUCAUUUGAGACAUCUUUUUUUGUGUUCAUAAUUAAGUGGCAAGAUUGCACAAGAAUGUCUAAGGAAGACUUCAAGUUUACAUUCCUCAGCAAAGAUUUAGUAUCCACUCUAGAAGUUCCAGUUCCCAUACCACUGAAGCAACCACUGGAUGAUUUCAUUGGUCAAUUAGUUGCAGCUCAUAAUUUGCCAUGUUUUAUAGAGAAUGAGUUGAAAGAAAAACUAGAGGCAUUUGUUUGGAAACACACACAACAGAUUUAUGAAAAAAAUGUACAGAAAAAGAUUGAUGAAAUAAAAAAGGCUGACCAAGCAACUGUGGACAGUUUGGUUGAUAAAUGGUCAAAAGCAUUCACACAGGAAGUGAAGAGAUAUGCCAAAGAAGAGGCAGAGACUCAGGAAGAAAAGUUCUCUAAAGUUUAUCAUUCCCUGAUUCAUUCACCAGCAUUGGAUACAUUACUCAAUCUAGAACAUACAUACUCUUUGACAGUAGAAGAUUUGUUACGACAAAGAGAUGCUGAUCUUAGUCAUCUGCAACAGAGACAAAGAGAGGAAAUGGAUGAGGCAGUAAAGACUUAUUCUAAUGAUGAAGUUAAUGAAUUAGCACAAAACCACUUUGAACAGAUGCAGAUGAUUGAAAGUAAAUGGACCAAAGAGUUAACAAACCUAAAAGACACUCAGAAACAGGAAUUUAGAGAAUGGGUGAUUAAAGUACAUGAAGAUACUCAGUCUAAAUCAAAACCCUACAUUGGCAGAAUGAGAAAUAUCAGUACAACUCUACCAGAGGCUGAUGAUGGUGAAAGAUCAGAGGCUACUGUCACCAUGGAGGAAAGUUUUACUAUACAUUUAGGUGCUCAAAUGAAAACAACACAUAAUUUAAGACUUUUGUGUACGGAUAUAUUAGAUUUAUGCAGACAUAAAACUCAUACUGUAGGUGGUAUGGUAAUUCCUCAGCCACAGAGACUACAGACAGCCAUGUCUCUUUACUCUAACAAUUUAUGUGGACUUAUAUUAUUGACAGAUAAUAACUUGUCUAUGUACACUGGUCUCAAAAAACAGAAUAAUAACUCCCAAAUAUUGAUCUCAAAACAAGAUUUUUCAAGAGUAUGUGAACAGUCAACAGAUUUCCACUUUCCUGAUUUACAACAACAGCUGACAUCAAUAGAACAACAGCUUCCAUUGAGAGACACAUCAAAGGGGAAUAAAUCCUCUAGAGAAUCAAAGGAUAUCGGUCUGCAGACAGGAGACUUUUACAUAACAAAACAUUCUAACCUGUCAGAAGUUCAUGUUGUUUUUCACUUAGUUACUGAUGAUUCGAUUAGAUCCAGUGAUAUAACAUCACGUCAUCCAGUCAUACUCAGCAUACGGAACAUAAUAAAACAAUGUUUUCGACAUGACAUACACACACUAACCAUACCACUUUUGCUGGCUCAUCAUAUGUCAGAGGAGAUGACAAUACCUUGGUGUCAAAGAAGAGCUGAGUUAGUGUUUAAAUGUGUCAAAGGUUUCAUGAUGGAAAUGGCAACCUAUGAAAGUUCUAGUUCACGGACAAUACAGUUUCUAGUUCCAUUAGGAAUAUCCUAUGAAAUGUUCUCAGGUAUCAGUAAUAUGUUGACAACUAUAUUUAGAGUUUCCAAUGCAAUCAAGGUUUGAUGUUCAGUUGGCCUGACACUUAGACAGGAAAAACAGACUGUUGGAUGCAAGCCAAAGUUCAAUCUGUUUCAUUAUGACCUUGAAAAAAUGCUUUUAACAACAUAUACAGAUCCUGAUGGUUAAUGUAUGAUUUGAAGAGGUUUACUUGUUUACAAGAUGAAGAUAAUAUGUGAAUAUAUAAUAACUAUAUGUUUAUAUUGUAGAACAAAUUAUAAUUCUCUGUAAUAAGAAAUUGUCAGUCAGAAAUUAGCUUGUAAAUUAGUAUUAUAAGGGAGAUAUUAAUAGACUAUUUAGCCUUAAAAUCAAAGGGAGAAAUGGUACAGUGUCUACAGUGACCCAAUUGAAUUUUCUCCAGUUGAUUUCAUGGUUCCUUUGUUGACUUUGAUGAAUCAUACAUGUGCAAUAUUAAAUAAAACAUUGUUUUAUUA